AUGCGGGAACUGUUGAUCCCAACUGCGCCGAUUGUUAUUGACCCUGGAACCUACCGAUGGCGCGUGGGAUUUGCUAACUUGGAUAAACCCAAAUCCUCCUUCCUAACUGAGACAUCCAUGCUUAACGGUACCGCAGUGGAGGAAGAUGGUCGAAUAAAACGCUUCGACAGCACGGAGCUCUCUCUAAAAUACUUUGAGCGCUAUGUAAACCAUGCACUCCGAUUUCUUCAUUGUGAUCCACACAGCGUCAGUCUCUGCUUGGCUCUGCCUUUGGCAUUCACUCCAGCUUACCGAAACCAACUAGCUGAAGUGUUGCUUGAGCACACUGGCGUAAAAUCCAUCUUUUUCGCUUCUCAGCCUCUUCUUAGUGGGUUUUCUUCCGGAAAACCCACCUGUCUGGUUGUCGACUCCGGCUACAGUUACAGCAGUGUCUAUGGCCUCUUCGACCUCUAUCCAGAACGUUCUUCAGAAAUCAUUUACUCCCUUGGAGGACGUAAUAUUGACACAUAUUUGAAACAGCUGGCCGGUGUAAAACUGAAUGAUUCCACACCUGCCGAAAUUGACUACAUCAAAUCGCAUUUUUGCAGUGUAGCGUCGAAACCACUUUCGUCCUCGCCUUCCAAGAAGAGUUCGAAGAAUGCUCAAUCUUGUCAGAUGCCUGAUGGGCAGCUCUUAAAGUUGGGAAAUGAACUGAAAUUGGCACCAGAAUUGAUCUUUAGUCCAGGACUGAAUGGCUAUACAAAGGUGCCUUCAAUGGAAACUGCGGUUUUAGAAGCAGCCAGUCAAUUGCCUAACGAGAAAUCGAAUGCACUUCUAACGAACGUCAUUCUCUCGGGUGGUAAUUCGAAGUUCAAGGGACUGGAACAGCGAUUGAAGGCAGCAUUGCCCAACUGCAAUGUGCAAAGUCAUUUGGCUAAAGACCUUGGAGUUUGGCGUGGUGGACAGAUAUUUGCCUCCAUGCCAACUUUUUCCUCAAUGGUUAUUACCAGGGAGCGCUGGAAGGAAUAUGGGGAGGAUAUUGUGCAAAAGAAGUGGUUGUAA